UAAUUACAUCAGGAUCGCACACACGUCGAAUCGAUGACUAUAAAAGCACCGAGAUAAGAGGAUCUGCAUGCAGUACAUCCUGGCAAUACCGAACACGAUGGCUGUUCGCGCUUUUAACCUAGUGUUCUUAUUUUCAUUCGUGACGGCCCUCUUAGGGUUGCCAACUGUCAUUCCAGUAAUAGACGAGAAUCACACAUUGCCGACCGACUUGCAACCGCCUCCAAUAGAGAAGGAACAUCAUACAACAGUGUUCGUCCUUAAUCUAUACGCCGUAAAAAACAGUAGUAGCAAUAAGCCGGAGGAAAUGUUUCAGAAUGAAAUUAUCGAGGCUGUACCAGACAUACUGGAGCCAUUGGCCAUCGUUCUUCUAGUGGUUGAGAACGAUGAGGAGGAAAAAGAACAUCUACUGGUUGACCUCGACGAUUUCGCUGGGCAGUUGCAGGGCGAAGGUUACAAGGUCGAUAAGGUCAAUCAUAACGGCAAGACGAAGAUGCUCAAGUUGAAAUUGAGUAAAGAAGAGGCGCAGAAUAUGGUGGAAGCGGCUUCAAAGCCGCACGAUGACAUGAAACCCCGUGAAAAGAGAACCAUUUGUUUAAAGUGUGGUGGUGGCGGAGGAGGAGGUGGAUACAGGGGUGGGUAUGAUAUGGGUGGUUACUGUCGCACAUGUGGCGGCGGUUAUCCUUCUGGCGGUGGCGGCAAUUAUCCUCCUAGCGGUGGUGGCGGAUAUGGACUACAAAUACCAAUUGUAAUUGUACCCAUUGGAACUGGACAUGGACAUGGACAUAGAAGAGGACAUGGAGGCGGUGGCGGUGGUUAUCCAAGCGGUGGCGGUGGUUAUCCAAGCGGUGGCGGUGGUUAUCCAGGCGGCGGCUGCAACAGUUGCGGCGGCGGCGGCGGCGGUUACGGCGGCGGCGGCGGCGGCAGCUAUUCCCAGUCCUCUGCGCAGGCUUCGGCGCAAUCUUCCUCCAGCGGUUGGGGAGGGAAAUGAGCGAGAGAAGCACGCGUAACCACGUGAACAUGUUGCCAUCAUAUAUGAUUAUUACUCGCAACUUUUUUAUCGCGGGUAUUUAAGUGUCAUUUUGGAUAAUACUCCACUAGUGUCUACAAUUUUGAGUAUGAAUAAUCAGGAGCAACCGUUUCAUGCAUUAACUAUUUUAAUGAUGAAAAAAUAUGUUAUGUAACUUGUUUUUCAACUAAUUACAAUAAUAUUGGGAUUUAAGCAGCAAUUUAUUAUAGUAAAGGAUUAUAGUAAAGCUAAUCGUCUAUUUGCUUCAUUCGCAUAUCAUCAAGAUGUAGUGACGACAGUAAUUAAUCAUCGAUAGAUUCGGAAGAUUAAUACAUACCCUUUCAUAGAUUUAAUUUCCCAGAACAAUGUUGCGCUUACAAAUAUCUUUACGAUCGCAGAGCGUGCAAUAAAUAAUGGUUUGAAAUGUUUGUUUCAAGAAAUAAAAAUACACGAUAAGACUUAUCAAUAAAUGAAUAAUGCAUAAAGUUUU